CAACCACCCCUCUUGCCAUCAAUGGACUGCUGCGAUUCUGGCAUGACGGUCUUCAUCCCCCGCUCUGUGAUUGGUGAUGUCCUGUCGUCUCAUUUGCAUUUUCUUGACCCGGCGUGCGUCGGUAGUCAUCAUAACGCCACCCACGUUAAGAUUGCAACAACAUACGACCGAUGUGGAACUUUCAUGGAGGUUCAUGGAGACAGUGUGAUUUUUUUCAACGUCAUCCACGAUGAGGCUGUCCCUGUCGAACCAGGCAGUGUUAUAACCCGAGACCGAGAUAUCGAGAUUCCAGUCCAGUGCAUCAUGGAUUUGGAAGGGUUCGCUGAAAUAAGUUUCCGUCCGGAUACCUCCAAGAUCACAUUCCGAGAGGAUGGCUUCGGCUCCUUCAACUUCUCCCUCAGACUUUACCAUGGCAACGAUUACACCACACCCUACCAGCCCGCUGACUACCCCGUCCACGUCGCAAUGGGAAACAAGCUCUACUUUGAGGCUCGAACUUGGAGUGAGCCUGGACUGGAGCUGUUUGUGCAGACGUGUCGUGCCACGCCUUCCUCCAACUCGGAUGAUUUUCAUCGUUACACUUUCAUCCAAGAUGGGUGCAUUGAGGACAACACAGUGGUGUUCCAUCCAUCAGACGACCCGGACAUAGAACGUUUCGAGAUUGAUGCCUUUGCAUUCGUAGAUACCCUACCUCAGCCUGUGGUGUACGUUCAUUGUGACAUGGUUCUGUGUAACUCCACUGAUGCAUACUCGCGCUGUGCCAUUGGAUGUCCAACUAGAAGCAUGAACUUACUCCCCGGUGUGCACAGACGCCAUGCCAGAUCUGCGUCUGGUUCCCGCGCUUAUGCCAUCACGCAGGGACCCAUAUCCGUGAUGGAAGAUGGGGGGAAAGAAGGAAGUGAGCUGUCGUCUGUUCAGUUGCCAAUCCUUUUGACUACUGUCUGCCUAUUGGUUGGCUGCGUGCUGGUACUCGGCACACUGAUUGUCGUGAUGCGUAAACGCACCCAACGCCUUCAACUGUACUCGCCACUGGCCACUGAAGAAAACUAGAUACAGGAGCUGUCUACUAGUCUAGUCUUAGUUCAUAAAAGGAAAUCAUUCAUCAAUAUUUUAAAAUUA